AUGGCGCUCCCAAUCUAUUUCAACUUUUUGGUUCUAUUCUUAACCAAUUCCGUGUGGACUAGAAGUGUGAGACAAGUCAAUGAGGUGGUCGAUCCGGAUGACUGGACUGUGCUUUCUUCUGACUGCCCUCAAGAGUGCUUCUGUCCUCCCAGCUUCCCUAACACUCUGUAUUGUGACAGCAAAGGCCUGAAAGAAAUUCCCACCAUUCCAUCACGAAUAUGGUAUCUUUACCUCCAGAACAACCUCAUCGAAACCAUUCCCGAGAAGGCCUUCAUGAACGCCACUCAGCUGAGAUGGAUAAAUCUCAACAGAAAUAAAAUAACAAACUACGGAAUCGAAAAGGGAGCCCUGAGCCAACUGAAAAAGUUGCUUUUCUUAUUUCUAGAAGAUAACGAGUUAGAGGAGGUGCCAGCGCCAUUACCCAGAAGUCUAGAACAAUUGCAACUGGCUAGAAACAAAGUCUCCAGAAUCCCCCAAGGGACUUUUAGCAAUUUGGAGAAUCUUACUCUACUCGAUCUGCAGCAUAACAAGCUAUUAGACCAUGCUUUCCAGCGAGAUACUUUCAAAGGACUCAAGAACCUCAUGCAACUCAACUUGGCAAAAAAUUCACUCAGAAGUAUGCCGCCGCGACUACCGGCUAAUACCAUGCAACUUUUUUUGGAUAGUAACUCCAUUGAAGGAAUACCAGAAAAUUAUUUCAAUGUGAUACCCAAAGUAACUUUCCUUAGGCUCAAUUAUAACAAACUAUCAGAUGCUGGUCUUCCGCCAAAUGGCUUUAACGUUUCAUCUAUUCUAGAUCUCCAGCUAUCCCACAAUCAACUCACAAAAGUCCCUCGCAUCAGCCCACAUCUCGAGCACCUUCAUCUCGAUCACAACAAAAUCAAAAGUGUUAAUGGCUCUGUCAUGUGUCCCGCUUCUGUUGCCGUAUCAGGAGAACAUGAUUCUUUUGGUUAUGGGCCACGUCUUCGUUACCUCCGUCUGGAUGGAAAUGAAAUCAAGCCCCCCAUCCCAAUGGACUUGAUGAUAUGUUUCAGACUCCUUCAGGCUGUUGUUAUUUAA